CCCCCCCCCCCAUCAAACACUGAAUGCAAUUUCAGUUCAGUUCAGUUUUAUUUGUAUAGUGUGUUUUCACAACAUUACAUCAUCUCAAAGCACUUUAUAGCAUCCCUGCCCAAAGCCCCCAGUGAGCAAGUCAGAGGGGACAGUGGCAAGGAAAAUUACCCUACAAAGAAGAAUCCUUGGGAGGAAUCAGACUGAAAGGGGGAGCCCAUCCUCCAGGGGGUAGCAGAGGAAGCCCUAACCCUAACCAGACUCAAAGGGGGAGCCCAUCCUCCAGGGGGCAGCAGAGGAAGCCCUAACCCUAACCAGACUCAAAGGGGGAGCCCAUCCUCCAGGGGGCAGCAGAGGAAGCCCUAACCCUAACCAGACUCAAAGGGGGAGCCCAUCCUCCAGGGGGCAGCAGAGGAAGCCCUAAUCCUAACCAGAUACAAAGGGGGAGCCCAUCCUCCAGGGGGCAGCAGAGGAAGCCCUAAUCCUAACCAGAUACAAAGGGGGAGCCCAUCCUCCAGGAGGCAGCAGCAGGCCGGAAGGACGUCACAGGUAGUGGAGACGUCGCAGGCAGCAGGGCAGGCAGGAUAUCUUGAAAAUGUGGGGUCUCCAGGCAGCACAGCCCAGGGUGAGUAGGGGAAAUAAAAUGUGCAGUUAGCCAAAGUAGGGGAGACUAGAGGCAGUGCAAACAGUUAGGUGAGUGCAGUAUGUAAGCUCCAGCAAAUAUGGCUAGUAUAGUAUAGUAGAUAUGGCAGCAUAAGUAGGAGGGAGAGGCAGGUGGGAUCGCAGACAUGGGGAGUCCCUGAAAUGUCAGCAGUGCCAGUCUGACACAAUGACAGAAGGUAUGGAAAACAGUGUCACGCUCACUACAGUACAAACAGUGAGACACAGCAUCAGUGAGUAUGAUCCCCAGACCAGUGACCCAGCAACCCACUCAGUGGUGCCAGUCUGACACAAUGACAGAAGGUAUGGAGAACAGUGUCACGCUCACUGCAGUACAAACACUGAGACACAACAGCAGCAUUAAACCGAGACACAAAACUGUUGGUGGGCAGUAUGCAGUGCAGGAUUCUCCACUGGAGGUCCCCUGAACGUUUGGGAAGCCGUCUCUUAUAGAGGAGCCUCCAUGAUGGCAAAAACUCCCCUGGAGCAGCAAAUGGGCCUCCACUUCGUAUCUGGCCUCCCUACAGGAAGUAAAAACAUUUGUUUAUCAUAUGCAAGGCCUCCGCAGCUGCGGAGCAGGGCGAGGGCCACAUGCAUCCACGGCAGGUGUUCGGUGCUGUAAAGCAGUGUCUGUGCACACUGGAGCCUCAUCCCCCUGACCUCGCUCAGCAGAUGAACCAGGCCCUGCCCUCCCUCAGACACUGGCAAAUGAAGAAUCCCCGAAGGGAGCCAGUGGUGCCCAUUCCAGAAGAUAUCAAUGAACCCCUUCUGGACCUGAUGCAGCAGGUCCAUCGGAGGAUCCGGCACCAUGAGUCGGUGCCACAUCAUGUAGGCAGCCAAACUGUUAAUCACCAGCACUCUCCCUCGAUAUGAGAGCUGGGGCGAAAUCCACCUCCAACGCUGAAGUCGUCUAGUAAUCCUGUCAACCAAUCCGCUCCAAUUCUUUUCCAUGAAGCGCUCAGUUCCCAGGUAAAGACCCAGUAUUCUGAUGCCAUCCUUGCCCCAUACACACUGCUGUGGCAGCUGAGGAGGGUCCCGCCCAGACCACUGGCCCAGCAGGUACGUGGCGCUUUUGCUCCAGUUGACGCGAGUGGAAGAGGCACGCUGGAAAUCGCCAAGAAGUGCUGUAAGCACCUCCAUAUCCAUGUUGGACCUGAUAAAAACAGUGACGUCAUCUGCAUAAGCAGUAAGUGUAACAGUCACUCCUCCCCCAAGGCUGAUGCCAGGUACCGGUGCUCCCUGGAGACGCCUUCGAAAAGCCUGAAGCAGCGGCUCCACCGCCAGUGAGUACAGCAGCCCAGACAACCCACAGCCCUGCCGUAUCCCUCUGGUGACAGGAAAAGGCCUGGUGAGAGAGCCAUUAAUGUUCAGGAGGCUCCACACAUUGGUGUACAAGAGUCUAAUGUAAGAAACAAUCUUUGGACCAAAACCAAAAGCUUGAAGGGUCUUAAACAGAAAUGUGUGGUCCACUCUGUCAAAUGCCUUUUCCUGAUCUAAAGAGACCAGACCUGCGUCCAAACCUCAUUCUAACACAAAGGACAAAAAAUCUCUUGCAAAAAAAAGGUUAUCAAAAAUUGAACGCCCUGGUACACAGUAAGACUGAUCCCAGUGAAUGAUCGUUGAAACACAUGUUUUCAGCCGAUUAGUCAGAGCUUUGGACAAGAUCUUAUAACCCACACGAGAAGCAAGACCGGCCGCCAGUUCUUCAGAAGUCCCAGAUCACCCUUCUUGGGCAGCAGCGUUAGAACAGCCCUCCGGCAGCUGGAUGGAAGAAGGCCCAUAUCAACACUUUCUUGAAAAACACAGAACAAGUCUUCACCAAUCAGAGGCCAGAAACAUUUAUAAAAUUCCGCGGUCAGUCCAUCCAGGCCUGGUGCUUUCCCGACUGACUGCUCGUGGACAGCAGCAGUAAGUUCUGUCAGAGUCAAAGGCUCUUCCAGCUCAUGUCUGUCUGCGACUGAGAGACUUGGUAAGUCCCAAAGAAACUGAUCAGCCACUGUCUGAUCACAGGCCUCAGCACAGAACAGGUUCUCAUAAAAGGCUAUUGAGUGUUAAAAUCUCAUGCUUGUCAAACGUACUACGCCCAUCGGGGAGGAUCAAGUGCCGAAAGGUCUUUCUCUCUUCCCUGUGCUUCUCCAAUCCAAAGAAAUACGCGGUGGGGGGGGCGUCCAUAUCAGUCUCCUUCGUAUAGCGGCCCGGGCCAACGCUCCAGCCCCUCUCUCCACCAGAAGGUCUUUCAACAGGAGUCGGUUCCUCUGCAGGGCCUCAGCAUCUCCCACCCUGCCAGGCUCUGCUCCUGUGCACAGCCACAAGAUCUCAUCCUCCAGUCUUUUAAACCGGUUCUGUAGUUCAGUCUGGAAAUAUGCAGUAUAGUUCUAGCAGAAGAGCUUAAUUUGCACUUUUCCGACAUCCCACCAUUGACUGAGGGACUUGAAUUGUGAUUUUUUUCUCCCUCCACACCUCCCAGAAGGAGAAAGAUCGUACAAAGUGGUGGUCCUGAACUAAUUUAUUACUAAAACGCCAGUAACAAUGUUGUGAGGAGAAAUCAGUGCAAGAGAAAGUGACAGAAACAAAAUGAUGAUCGGAGAGAGGGAAGGGAGCGAUGCCACAGCUUAAAAAUCUGCCCUUAUUCUGAUAGUUUGUAUAAAAGCUGUCCAGCCGAGCAGCAGACACCAUGUUAGAGUUCACCUUCACCCAGGUAUACUGUCUGCACUUUGGGAAAUGGUCUCUCCACACAUCACUCAGACCAUGGUAGUCAAUAACAGAUCGCAGAACAGAAGCUGAACCAGGGUGAGGCUCCUCGCGAUUCCUGUCGAGCACGAGCUCCAGAGUAGAAUUAAAAUCACCAGCCAGAACAACAACGCUCUCCUGUGACAGUGUCUCUAAGAACGUGUUUAAAUCUGUAAAAAAGGCCACCCGUUCUGAGCCUACAUUUGGUGCAUACACAUUAAUAAAAGAGAACAACAGGUCAUGCAUGUAAAACUGAACACGCAGGAGCCUCCCAGGAACAACAUCUGUAACCACCGGUCGCAGGACUGGGACCCUCUGUGAGAACAGCAGAGCGACCCCAGCACUGACACAAGAGCCAUGACUAAAAACAACCUGGCCGCCCCAGUCAGCCCGCCACUGAGCCUGGUUCCCCUCAUCAAGGGGUGCUGGAGUCCAUGGAGGCCUGUGAGUCUUCCAAGUCAUCAGCCAAACUCUCUACGUCCUCAUAAUCUUUAUCAAAAUCCAGUAAGUGCAUGUCCAGCUCAGGCUCGGGAUGUUCCGCUGCGGUGUGUCUACAGGUGGGUCAGCGCCGGUCUCAGCGGGAGCGGAGUCACUCACCAGCUACCGCCAGCAGGCCCUGCUGCGUCCGGGCCGGGCUCCUCUGCCAGCCCGCUGUCUCAGCGGGAGCGGAGUCACUCACCGUGCCGCCGCCAGCGGGCCCUGCUGGGUCCGGGCCGGGCUCCUCUGCCAGCCCGCUGUCUCAGCGGGACCGGAGUCACUCACCGCGCCGCCGCCAGCGGGCCCUGCUGGGUCCGGGCCGGGCUCCUCUGCCAGCCCGCUGUCUCAGCGGGUCCGGAGUCACUCACCGCGCCGCCGCCAGCGGGCCCUGCUGCGUCCGGGCCGGGCUCCUCUGCCAGCCCGGCGUCUCAGCGGGAGCGGAGUCACUCACCGCGCUUCCGCCAGCAGGCCCUGCUGCUCCGGGCUGGGUACCUCUGCCAGCCCGCCGUCCCGGCGCGGCUCGGGAGCGAGGGGCGGAGCAGUGACUACGGGCGGGGGGGGCUUGUCCUCCCAGUCCCCACGGUCUGAGUCCAAGUCCGUUACUACAGUAUCGGCGCCCCCGCGGUGCCUCGUGCCCCUCCUCGCGCUCCCCCGGGGGGAGCUCCCCUCACGGGCAGGCCUGCCGCACAUGCCCAAAACCACCGCAGGCAUAACACUUCACACUCUCGGAGCUGUUAAAAUCAUAUAAACUUUCCCCUCCACUGUGAUCUUAACAGACACAUCCAGGACCUCCUGCGGCGCAUUAAGAAUCAUAAAUGUUUGCCGCCUAAAAGACAGGAAUCAUCCUAAUCGGGCUCACCAACUUCCCGUAGCACCCCAGAAUGUUGGACAGUAGUUCAUUUCUAAUAAAUGGGGGAACAUUAGAUAAACCAACUUUUUUUGACGGGCUUGAUAAAGGCAAUAUCUGUACGAAUUCAUCUUUAAUGUUGAGACCACUUUCUAUGAGGUCAUCAACGGAAACGUCUUUUAAAAAGAUCACAAUAGCUUUGUUCAUUCGUGACGCUGAAACAACAUUAGCGGCUCCAACUACUUCACUGACCGCGAGCAGACAGUCCUCCACCGAGACGGCGGGGUCAGGGACACACUUAAAGCUGUGCC